UCCCAAUCUUGAUUCUGUCUUGAUAGUACUCUGUCCUCGAAAUCCCUUCUGCCGCUUCAGGGUCCUGGUCAUGACCUCGUACUUUAUAGGGUUAGGUUCGGGCAUAAAAAGUGAUAAAGUACAGUGACCCUUGAACAGUUGCGCUGGUUAGGGGCACCCGUGCGGUCUAAACCUGUAGAGUCAGACCCCAAGUGCAGAAAAUGCAUGUACAACUUUUGAUUCCCCCAAAACUUUGCUGAUACGUUGAUGGGAAGCCAGUUUCCGUAUUUUGUAUGUUAUAGGUAUUACAUACUGUAUGCCUACAAUAAAGUAACCUAGAGAAAAGAUGUUGUUAAAGUCACAAGAGAAAAUGUUUACAAUAGUGUAUCCAAAAAAAUACAUGCUUAUGAGGAUCUGUGCAGCUUAAACCGGUGUUUUUCAAGGGUCUGCUGUACUAAUCCAUGGAUCCUGAAAACACGCUAAGUGAAAGUAGCCAGUCACAAAAGAGCACAUGCUAUAUGAUUCCACUCCCGUGAAAUUCCAGAAACUCUGUAGAGUCAGAAAGUAGAUUAGUGGUUGUUUAGGGCUAAGUUGUGAAGGGGGCGGGGAUGGUGAUAGUUAAAAUUUAAGGGGUUUCUUCUUGAGGUGAUGAGAAUGUCCUAGAAUUGACUUUGGUGAUGGUUACACAUAUCUAUGAAUAUACUGAAAACCUUUGGAGUAUGUAUGUUAAAUGGGCACAUUGUAUGGUAUAUGAAGCUGUUAAAAAUUACGGAGCUCCCCCUGCACCCAUAGUACUGACACUAACAGUAACAGUAGCUAACAGUCAUCACUUACUCUCUUACUUAGAGCAUUGUCUUAUAUGCAUUAUUAUUUAUCUAUUUCCAAUAAUCCCAUUAGGACACUCUUAUUUCUGAAUUUUACAGGCGAAGAGCCCGAGCCUUGGCCAAAACUUAUCCAAUAUUACACACUAGUUAAGUUCUGUGACUCCAGAACUUUAUGACUCAAACCCUUUUAACCACUGUGCUGUAUAAUCGGAAUACCGACAGUAUAAUUUUGCAGAGGUCUGACAGGUGGUACUUUGACUUUUUUAAGAAACAGUCAAAUGCAUGACUAUUUACUAUGGCAUGUAAAGUCCUCCUUAUGAUACUGAAAAGUCUAACUGCAAAUGUACUUCAAACUCUUGCUUUCUGGUGCACCCCCAGAAGUCCUUGAAGAAAACGAGUCAGGAUGCGUCCCACCUGAAAGUCGCGGAGCCAAUGGUUCAAAGAAAAGCAGUUGGGGGUUCUUAUUUACCGGGAUUGUUGGCGGGACGCUGGUGGCCGUGUAUGCCGUGGCCACACCAUUUCUAACGCCAGCCCUCCGAAAAAUUUGUCUGCCUUUUGUACCUGCAACUACGAAGCAGAUUGAAAAUGUUGUGAAAAUGUUGCAUUGCAGAACAGGAUCCCUGGUCGACAUUGGCAGUGGCGACGGGCGUAUUGUGAUAGCAGCUGCAAAAGCAGGAUUCAGAGCCGUUGGCUAUGAAUUAAACCCAUGGCUGGUUUGGUACUCCAGAUACCGUGCUUGGCGAGAAGGGGUGCAGGACUCCGCCAAGUUUUAUAUUUCAGACUUGUGGAAGGUUACUUUCUCACAGUACUCGAACGUCAUUAUUUUCGGAGUACCUCAGAUGGGAGGCUGUUUCCAGAGCCAGCAAGCGGCAGCUCGUUUCGGUUGGCCUCAGCUGACUGAUUUGUAGCGAACUUAGAUUACCUUUUACAAAGUGGAGAUGCCAUGGCAUCGUGUUGUAAAUGGCUCCAAACUUAGCUUUUGGAAAGAUGACUAGGAUAGGACACUCUUAUUGUAAUUGUUGGUUCACAGACCACAGAGAGAAAUCCCAUUUGAUUUUUCUGUAAUUGUCGCCAUAAUAAUCGUGGCAAAAUUGGGUGUUUGCUGAAAUGCCACAAUAUGACUGCUAUGUAUAGUUUGUAAUAUAAAAAAAAGGGGAAUUUAGCUUUUUUGUGUUUUUUUUUUUUUUUCCUUAGUCACAGCUUUUUGUAGAAGAUGGCUGUGCUUGGGAGAGUUAUCCUAACGAUCAGGAACUUCAGGACAAUGCCACUUCUGUGUUUUUUUUUAAAGUCAAUUUGGAAGUUCUGUUGUUACAUGUGCUUGAAAGUAGCAGGAUUCUAAAUGUUUGGAAUUCUCAGUAAGCCUCAAAUUAAGACAAAACGUGGGUGUUCACCCUCUUGUUACAGAAGUGCAAAGGGGCGUGAUUCGUUGUCAUUUUAAAGGAACUGUUUGGGACCUUAGCAUUGCCCUGGCCUUUGAUGGUUACCUGCUCCUGAUGGUGUUUGGGCAGCAUUUUGGGUCAAACAGAUUUAAUUUGAGUUGCACGCUUUAUUUAAAGGGAGAGGUGAUGUUUACCAUGACUUCAUGCCAUCCUGCGAGGCCAGCCGGUGGUGGCCUGAGGUGUGGGCUUACGAGGCCACAGCAGCUAUGCCCCAGGGCGGUGGGGUGUGGGGUGGACAGCAGUGGCCUGGGGGUGUGGGCACGUCAUCGCCACGUGGCAUGUAGGCUCCAGCUCCGUGUGCGUUUUACCAUGUUUGAGCGUUGUAAGUUUUUGGAGCUGUUCACUCAGGAAAUAAGAGGCCUCUGUUUUUGAUGAAUGCUUUUGCAGUUACUGUCCAUUUUCCUGUACACAGAGGAAACCUUAAAUAAACACCUUGUGGCAUCUCCCUGUUCCUAAGAAAAAGGGGAGCAGUGGAAAAUACGGGACAGCCACAUACUGUGGGAUGAGAGGGACUCAGCCAGUUUCCCACCAGGGGGCGUGUUCACAGGACCCGUGGGGACUCUUUCAUGGGUGCAGGGCCCUGCUUUUAACCCUCACGGAGCCUUGCCUAUGUGGACGCAGUGGAGGGGAAGAGGGAAAGUGCCAGCUGGGGGGUCAGGGGGCCAGAUCUGCUCUCCGGAGUCUGGGGGGCCCUGAUGGGGCCGUCUUCAAGGAAGCGCACUUCCCUUGUCUGGGCGCUGGUCAGCAUGGUGACGUGGCUCGGCGGAUCCUGUGUGGCACCUGUGUUCCCUGUGGCAGCCAAGCCACAUGUAGGCCACGGGGGAGCCUAGAGGAUGCUUAGGAAACUGGAGGGGUAGAAGCCUGCUGUUACCGGUCCUUGCCCUGCUCCCGAUAGCACACCAGUGGUUCCUACCAGCUCUGUGCUUUUGUGGCUCCCACCCGGCAGAGGUGAGGACUCUCAUCUGGGCCUGGCAGAUGCACCGGGCGUGGUAGAUGACCACAGGUAACUCUAGCCC